AUGGAGAGUGCCUCCUUUGUGUUGGCGCUGGGGGGAAGCUGCUUCCAGUUUCGGCUGGUGGGGGCGGGGGAGCCCGCUGUCACGGAGGGUGAACUCACACUGGACCCAAACACAGCCCACAAACUCCUCUCUCCAUCUGAGGACAACAGGAAGGUGACGUGGGUUGGAGAGGACCAGUCGUAUCCUGAUCACCCAGAGAGAUUUGACUCCCAGUUCCAGGUGUUGUGUAGAGAGGGUCUGACUGGCCGCUGUUACUGGGAGGUAGAAUGGAAAGAAGGUGAUGUUUCCAUAGGAGUGACAUACAGAGGGAUUAGAAGGGGAGGAAAAGGUCCUGAUGGCAGGCUUGGAGCGAACAACCACUCAUGGAGUCUUUAUUGUUUUCCCACUGGUUACUUUGCCUGUUACGCCAAUGUUAGAACAUCCAUAGAUCUCCGCCCUAAUGAAUCCAACAGAGUAGGAGUGUAUCUGGACCGGCCUGCUGGCACUCUGUCCUUCUACAGAGUGUCCCCAGAUGGAGGAGGGUCCUCAGACACACUAACACACAUCCACACCUUCCUGUCCACCUUCACCCAGGACCUCUACCCUGGGUUCAGGCUCAUGUGGUCUGGUUGCUCAGUGUCCUUAUGUGAGCUGUAG